GCCCGCCAUUUUGAGAGCCGCUUGGCUAAGGUACAAAAGCGAGUGCAGUACACGUUGGAAAGGCAGGCCAAGAAGGAUAAAGUGCACAAAGUGGACAAGAAUCCGGAGGUGCCUCCGCCGUUCGUUGUCGUCGUGCAAGGGCCACCAGGUGUUGGCAAGACCACACUCGUGCAUUCGCUGGUGAAACACUAUGCGAAGCAGCGCCUGAUCCAAAUGCGCGGACCUGUCACACUGGUCAGCGGAAGACAUCGACGAAUAACGAUCAUCGAGUGUCCACAGGAAAUGUCAGCAAUGUUGGAUUUGGCGAAGAUAGCCGAUCUGGUGCUGCUGUUGAUCGAUGCGUCGUAUGGUUUCGAGCUGGAAACUUUUGAGUUCAUCAACAUCCUUCAAGUGCAUGGCUUUCCCAGGGUCAGUAGCCAAGCGCGCUGGAACGUUGUUGUGGAAGUGGAGAAGCCUUUCCCGCUGGUUGUUUCCCAAGGUCAUAGGACGGAGCUUUACGACGGCGCAAAGUUGUUCCACCUGAGCGGCCUCCAAUACGGGCGCUAUCAUCGGGUUGAGAUUCAGAACCUGGCGCGUUUCAUCGCUGUUCAGAAGGUGCCUCUCCUCUCCUGGAGGCAAAGCCAUCCCUAUAUUCCAGCCCUUCGGUGGGAGGAUAAGACGGAUCCGACCAGCUCGGAGACUGCUCCAAGGCGGCUGGACCUAUACGGCUACGUCUACGGAGGCCGUCUGCGCGAGGGCUUCGAGGUGCAUCUUCCCGGCGUAGGCGAUUUCAACAUCAGCUCCAUCAAGCGCCUCCCCGACCCGUGCCCGCCGCCCAUGGAGACGGAGGCGGAGCGAAGAAGAGCGAGCAAGAAAACGGACGAGAAGCCCAAGAAGAACGCGCUCCGGACCCUGGCCGAACGACAUCGCAUUGUCUAUGCCCCCGGCUCUGACAUUGGCAGCAUCACCGUGGACUCCGAGGCGAUGUACAUCUAUGUGCCCGAUCAGCAGGCAGGCUUCACUCCCAAGGACGAGCAGAGCGUGCAGAAAGACCCGGAGCAGCUUCCGGAAGCCGUGCGGCUCGUGAGAGCUCUGCAGACGUCGGAGGCGGCCCUGGACAAGGCUUCGGAGGGGCGCGCUAAGCUCCGCCUGAUUGGGGAUACAGAAGUUCGCAUGGACCAGACGGAUGCCUCAGGGAAGGCUGAAGACCAGCCCCAGAGGCGACCGGCUCCAGAAGGGAACGUGGCAGCCUCAUCCGACCGUUCUUUCAAGGAGGAGGAAGGUGAGGAGGAGUGCCCGGAAGAAGAUGCAGAGCAGGACGAGGAGAUGCUCGAGCGAGCGCAGCAGCGCUUCGCCCGGGGGCCGCGGUUGGAAGACCUGGUCUACGGCCGGGAUCGCUUGCAGGAGCAGCACGGAGGAAGCGCUUCCUCCAAAGAUCCGGGAACGCAGGGCGGCCACGGCCCCACCGACCACGCCACCGUCCCUCUGUUUGACGAGGACGACGAGGAGGGCGCGGAGGAUGCAGGCAGAGAGCCAGAGAAGGCACUGGGCUUCGGCUUGGAAGGACAUACGAUAGAAGAGAGUGCGAGAGGAGACGAACCUCCGCAGUCACCACACGGCCCACCAGCACCGACCCAGCAUGACAAGGAAGAAUCGAGGAGAAACGUCUCCAAAGACCAAGCGCAGCCACCGGCACCCGGCACAUACCAGGCUGCUCCUCACGGAUUGGACAGGUUGCUGGGCAAUGUCGGCGACUCGAACGCUUUGGACACCGCCCGCAUGCCAGUUUUGCCCGGGCAGGAGAAGCCCUGGAGCGAAGAGAGGAAAGAGCAACUGAAGGCCCGGAAGUUCAUCACAGGCGGUUGGAGCUCCGCCGAGGAAGACGACCCAGAGGCGGACGGGAAGGAGAAGGAAGAGGGCGAGAACGCCGAGAAUGUCGAGGAUGGCGAGAAUGCUGAGAAGCCGAAGCAGGAAGACGGUGGUGCCCCCGAGAACGGCCUGCUGGAGAACUUCUCGGACAGCUUUCCGAUCGGCACCUUCGUGCGAAUACGUCUGGAGGAUGUUCCCGCUGCCUGUGUCGCAGCGAUGCGUGGGGAGAGGCCACUGAUUCUUGGUGGCUUACUACCGGGUGAGUCCCGGAUGGGCCUGGUGCAGACCAGGAUCAAGCGACAUCGAUGGCAUCCGAAGCUGCUAAAGAGUUCCGACGCCCUGCUUCUGUCGGUUGGCUGGAGACGUUUCCAGACUGUGCCGUGCUUCUCCUUGGAAGACCGGGGAGAGAAGCGCAUGCGCUACCUGAAGUACACGUUGGAGCAUGCCCACUGCACAAUGACCAGCUAUGGACCUAUGGUUCCACCCAAUACGGGAAUCCUUGCGUUCAGGAGCUGGGAGAAAGUUGGCCACUUCCGGGUGUGUGGCACUGGUGUCGUGAUGGAGGCCGCGCCGAACUUUGAGGUGAAGAAGAAGCUUAAGCUCGUGGGUGAGCCCUACAAGAUCUUCCGGAACACGGCCUUCGUGAAGAACAUGUUCAGCUCGGACCUGGAGGUGAACAAGUACAUGCAUGCCAAGAUCCAGACCGUGAGUGGCAUCCGCGGCGAAGUCAAGAAGGCCGAAGGUGUCAAAGGGCACUUCCGGGCUUCUUUCGAGGACAGAAUACUGAUGUCCGACCUGGUAGUCUGCAAGUGCUGGAUCACCGUGCCGUUCAAGCAGUUCUAUCAUCCCGUCAUUGACGUGCCGAACUGGCGCCCAGCGCGGCUUAUUGGCGAGCUUCGAGCCUCGCAAGGCAUACCUGUUCCGGACAAUCAAGACAGCCACUACGGGCGGCAGCUCGUGAGACCCGAGCGCCGCUUCAACGCGGUUCAAGUGCCGCGGAGCCUCCAGGCGUCGCUGCCCUUCAAGGCCAAGACCCGCUACUUGCCAAAGAGCCGCAAGACGGGCUUGGCGAAGAAGGCUGCCAUUGUUUCCAGCGAGAGGGAGAAGGCCGUCAACGCCCUCCUACACAGGCUAUACACCAUCCGCAAGGAGAAAGCGCGGGUUCGGCAAGAAGCCAGCAGUCGCAGAAAGAAGGCGAAGGAAGUAAAGGACAAGUUCAUUCAGGACAAGCGAGAUGCUCAUCAGAAAGAGUCGCGGAAGCUUCGGUACAAGAAGGAAGGACAGAAAGUCGCGCAGAAGCGAAAGGCCAUGAUGAUGGACUGA